GACGACGACGACGAUGAUGAUGAUGAAAAUGAUUGUUUUUUUCCAGGCUGAAAUAGACCUCGUUCUUGCGAUGGGUGUUGCACCUUCCCAUAUCGUGUUUGCCAAUCCAUGCAAACAAAACUCCUUCAUCCAUUUCGCCAACUCUAAAGGUGUGGAGAUGAUGACUUUUGACAACGAGGCUGAGCUGCAGAAAAUCAAAGAAGCUUUCCCACGAUGUCGUCUUCUACUGCGAAUUCUGCCCAAGUCCGGAUUCAAGACGCAUUCAGAGCUAGGCAACAAAUAUGGCUGUCACCUGGAGGAUGUUCCACACCUACUUCUGAAAGCACAGCAACUACAACUCAACGUCAUUGGCAUCAGCUUCAACGUCGGCAGUGGUGUGCUGGAGCCUGAGGCCUACUCAGCCGCAAUCACAAUGGCAGCAAAAGCCUUUGACAUGGCAAAAGAGCUCGGCUUCUCUUUCCAUCUGCUUGAUAUCGGUGGAGGAUUCCUGGGAAGCUCAGGCGAAGAAGAACACUUUGAAAGGACGGCUAAGGUCGUGAACGAGGCUCUACAAAAGUACUUCCCUCCAGAAAGAAACAUCCGCCUCAUCGCCGAGCCAGGAACAUACUUUGUUGCUUCUGCAUUCACCCUCGCCGUCAACGUCAUAGGGAAACGUGUCGAGUCACGUGACACACCAGACCAACAAAACUCCAUGGUAGAGAGCUGUCACAACACAUUCAGAUAUUUCCUGAACGAUGGUGUUUUUGGAUCGUUCCUGAUGUUUGCCUUACUUCGUACAAUAAAACCGACUGUUGAGCCUCUUUAUGCACAUACAAACCCCAAGAAGUAUAAAUGUAGCCUGUGGGGACCCACGUGUGCCGGCAUAGAUUUGAUCCUUGACCAGGUGGACCUACCUGAGAUGAAAGUCGGCGACUACCUGUGUGUCCGUAACAUGGGUUACUACACCAUCAGCUUGUACUGCGGCUUCAACGGCAUGCCCUUACCUGAGGUUUUCCCUUACUGUGCUGAAGAUAUCUGGUUGCGCGUGUUUCCAGAGAAGAAGCAUCCCAUCGCACAGGCUGUCUCAGUUAACGGACUCAAGCUUUUACAAGCAUAAACAAGCUUUAUUUGAAUGGAGGUGAAUAAGGGAAGGUGAAGGAUUCAUAGACAGAUGACCACUGUAAGCGCACACAGUAUAAAUAUCCAUUACAAAUAUUUUUUCGAGAAACCAGUUUCUAUAUGUAAAAUUAUUAAUCGCUUCAAACAAAAGAAAUAAUCGUAGCUAAGCUUGCUUUGUAAAUGUAUGUCUCGGUCACUGUUUUGGAUGUUUACUAGA